AUGACCGUGGAGCAGAACGUGCUGCAGCAGAGCGCGGCGCAGAAGCACCAGCAGACGUUUCUGAAUCAGCUACGAGAAAUAACGGGGAUUAAUGAUGCCCAGAUUCUACAACAAGCCUUGAAGGAUAGUAAUGGAAACUUGGAGCUAGCAGUGGCUUUCCUUACUGCAAAGAAUGCCAAGACCCCUCAGCAAGAGGAAACAACUUACUACCAAACAGCGCUUCCUGGCAAUGAUAGAUACAUCAGUGUGGGCAGCCAAGCAGAUACAAAUGUGAUUGAUCUUACUGGAGAUGAUAAAGAUGAUCUUCAGAGAGCAAUUGCCUUGAGUUUGGCGGAAUCAAACAGGGCAUUCAGGGAGACUGGAAUAACUGAUGAGGAGCAAGCCAUUAGCAGAGUUCUUGAGGCCAGCAUAGCGGAAAAUAAAGCAUGUUUGAAGAGGACACCAACUGAAGUUUGGAGAGAUUCUCGAAACCCUUACGAUAGAAAAAGGCAGGACAAAGCUCCUGUUGGACUAAAGAAUGUUGGCAAUACUUGCUGGUUUAGUGCUGUUAUUCAGUCAUUAUUCAAUCUUUUGGAAUUCAGAAGAUUAGUUCUGAAUUACAAGCCUCCAUCAAAUGUUCAAGAUUUACCCCGAAACCAAAAGGAGCAUCGGAAUUUGCCUUUUAUGCGUGAGCUUCGAUAUCUUUUUGCACUUCUUGUUGGUACUAAAAGGAAAUAUGUUGAUCCAUCAAGAGCAGUUGAGAUUCUUAAAGAUGCUUUCAAAUCAAAUGACUCCCAGCAGCAAGACGUGAGUGAGUUUACACACAAAUUAUUAGAUUGGUUAGAAGAUGCCUUCCAAAUGAAAGCUGAAGAAGAGACGGAUGAAGACAAGCCAAAGAACCCCAUGGUAGAGUUGUUCUAUGGAAGAUUCCUAGCUGUGGGAGUGCUUGAAGGUAAAAAAUUUGAAAAUACUGAAAUGUUUGGUCAGUACCCACUUCAGGUCAAUGGAUUCAAAGAUCUGCAUGAAUGCCUAGAAGCUGCUAUGAUUGAAGGAGAAAUUGAGUCUUUACAUUCAGAAAAUUCAGGAAAAUCCGGUCAAGAGCAUUGGUUUACCGAACUACCGCCUGUAUUAACCUUUGAAUUGUCAAGAUUUGAAUUUAAUCAGGCACUGGGAAGACCAGAAAAAAUUCACAAUAAAUUAGAAUUUCCUCAAGUUUUAUAUCUGGACAGAUACAUGCAUAGAAACAGAGAAAUAACAAGAAUUAAGAGGGAAGAGAUCAAGAGACUAAAAGAUUACCUCACAGUAUUACAACAAAGACUUGAAAGAUAUUUAAGUUACGGCUCGGGUCCCAAACGCUUCCCCUUGGUGGAUGUUCUGCAGUAUGCCCUGGAAUUUGCCUCAAGUAAACCUGUUUGCACUUCUCCUGUUGAUGAUAUUGAUGCUAGUUCCCCAUCUAGUGGUUCUGUACCAUCACAGACAUUACCAAGCACAACAGACCAACAGGGAGCUCCUUCUUCAGAACUGCCAAGCACGUCACCCGCGUCAAUAGCUGCCAUCUCAUCAAGAUCAGUAAUACACAAACCGUUCACACAGUCUCGGAUACCUCCAGACUUGCCCAUGCAUCCGGCACCAAGGCACAUAACAGAGGAAGAACUCUCUGUGCUCGAAAGCUGUUUACAUCGCUGGAGGACAGAAAUAGAAAAUGACACCAGAGAUUUACAGGAAAGCAUAUCUAGAAUCCAUCGCACAAUUGAGCUAAUGUACUCUGACAAAUCUAUGAUCCAAGUUCCUUAUCGUUUACAUGCUGUUUUAGUUCAUGAAGGUCAAGCUAAUGCCGGACACUACUGGGCAUACAUUUUUGAUCACCGUGAGAGCAGGUGGAUGAAGUACAAUGAUAUUGCUGUAACAAAAUCAUCCUGGGAAGAGCUAGUGAGGGACUCUUUCGGUGGUUACAGAAAUGCCAGUGCAUACUGUUUAAUGUACAUAAAUGACAAACCGCAGUUCUUAAUACAAGAGGAGUUUAAUAAAGAAACUGGACAGGCCCUUGUUGGAAUAGAAACACUACCCCCCGACUUAAGAGAUUUUGUUGAGGAAGACAACCAGCGAUUUGAGAAAGAACUAGAAGAAUGGGAUGCACAACUUGCUCAGAAAGCCUUACAGGAAAAACUUCUAGCAUCUCAGAAACUGAGAGAGUCUGAGUCUUCUGUGACAACAGCACAAGCAGGAGAACCAGAAUAUCUAGAGCAGCCAUCAAGAAGUGAUUUCUCAAAGCACUUGAAAGAAGAAACCAUUCGAAUAAUUACCAAGGCAUCACAUGAGCAUGAAGAUAAAAGUCCUGAAACAGUUUUGCAGUCGAAACCUGAAAAUACCACAAGCCAGCCACCUUCUAACCAGCAAGUUGUAGAGGUGGAGAUUCCUCAUGUAGGGAAAUUUAUGAUUGAGUCAAAGGAGGGGGGUUAUGAUGAUGAGAUCAUGAUGACACCGAACAUGCAAGGUAUUAUCAUGGCCAUAGGUAAAUCCCGGAGUGUGUAUGACAGGUGUGGCCCUGAAGCAGGGUUCUUUAAGGCAAUUAAGUUGGAAUAUUCAAGGUUGGUUAAAUUGGCCCAAGAAGAUACCCCACCAGAAACAGACUAUCGUUUACAUCAUGUAAUAGUCUACUUUAUCCAGAAUCAGGCUCCAAAGAAAAUCAUUGAGAAAACAUUGCUAGAACAAUUUGCAGAUAGAAAUUUGAGUUUUGAUGAAAGGUGUCACAACAUAAUGAAAGUUGCUCAAGCCAAAAUUGAAAUGAUAAAACCUGAAGAAGUAAACAUGGAGGAGUAUGAGGAGUGGCAUCAGGAUUAUAGAAAAUUCAGGGAAACAACCAUGUAUCUCAUUAUUGGGCUAGAAAAUUUUCAAAGAGAAAGUUAUAUAGAUUCCUUGCUAUUCCUUAUCUGUGCUUAUCAGAAUAACAAAGAACUGUUGUCCAAAGGCCCAUACAGAGGACAUGAUGAAGAACUGAUAUCACAUUAUAGAAGAGAAUGUUUACUAAAAUUAAAUGAGCAAGCUGCAGAACUGUUUGAAUCUGGAGAGGAUAGAGACGUAAACAAUGGUCUGAUUAUCAUGAAUGAAUUUAUUGUCCCAUUUUUGCCCCUGUUAUUGGUGGAUGAAAUGGAAGAGAAAGACAUACUUGCUGUGGAAGAUAUGAGAAAUCGAUGGUGUUCGUAUCUUGGACAAGAAAUGGAAUCAAACCUCCAAGAGAAGCUGACAGAUUUUCUGCCAAAGCUGCUCGAUUGUUCUACGGAGAUUAAAGGUUUCCAUGAGCCGCCGAAGUUACCUCCGUACUCCACACAUGAACUCUGUGAGCGAUUUGCCCGCAUCAUGCUGUCCCUCAGUCGGACUCCUGCUGAUGGAAGAUAA